AUGUUAAGCAGUGUAAGCUAUACGUUAGCUGGUGUUUGGGUGCUGGGACAAAAUUCGGUUUUGUUGGUUGGUAAGCGAGUGGAUAGGAUUGUACUGACUAGUCCUGGAGUGUUAGUGCAUGAAAACUUAGUGGUGUGUGAGAAUAAGCAGAUUUUAGCAGUAGUUGGCGAUCAGUUGCAGGUAAUGGGUUCGGUAGAGAAGCGACCGACUAAGUUGGCAAGUGAAGUAGUUGAUGGUGAACAGUUGUUGUACAUUGCUGAUCGUGCUGGGAAUGUUUAUCGGAUUAAACCGGGUCAAGAAGAGAAAGCAACUCUUCUGUUUGGAUCUAUUUCAACUAUUACUGAUUUGGUUAUUACUAAGGAUUAUAUUGUUACAGUUGAUAAGGAUAGUAAAAUAAGAAUUACGCAUAAAGAAUAUCCCCAUCGUAUUGCUCAUUUUGGACUGGUACAUGCUAAGCCUAUUUUAAGCACGGCAAUUAUUGCUGGUCGGUUUAUUGUCUCUGGUGGGUAUGAUUGUUACUUAUCUGUGUACGAUUUAGAGAGUCAGCAGGCAAGUAUCUUUGAUUUGCGCAAUUAUACUAAUUCAGAGUUCAAUCCGCGCUUACUGCCAGGAAUUGAAUCUUCUGCUCGUAUUCCUAAUACGCAAGCUGUCUCAGAAUCUCUAGUCAAGAAGGUUUUGGCAGUUGACGAUUAUUUGCUUCUUCUGACUGAUGACAAACCUGUGCUUUUAAGUAUUAGGCGUUUAGAAGCCUCUUUAGAACUAACGCAUAUUCCUACUCCAGCAUUAAACUCCUUAUCUGAUAUUCAAGAUGGUGUGACUGCUGGUGGUAAAAAUGCCUUUAUUCUCAUUAAUGUUUCCGGCCAGCUCUACCAGUACUCUCCCAACGGCCCUCUUACUCAUCUUGCCAAAAUAUCCGAUUACACCCCCAAUAUAGAUCUAAGUGUAGCCAGUAAGUGCUAUUCUAUCUAA